AUGAAUUACGGUGCAACUACACAAGAAAGCGAUCCCUCACAGAAUAAUCUUCGGUCACGUCAGCCUAGAAGGAGACCACCAAUGGGAGCAGUUUCAAGCAGACGAUUGCAACCACAUUCGGCUCUACAAGGUAUUGAAGAGGAGGUUCAAGCAGAAGGCACGGACGAUAUCGUUGGGAAUGAUCGUGAACAAAGUCUUGGAGAUGAAAUGCCUGCUUUGCACAUUGCCAAGCUGCGUCACAAGCUUACCAAUCCCAAAGCCCAGCACGACGACCAAGCUGAAGUGCAACAUAUUCAGUCUGUCGAUCAUUCCUCAGAUACCAGUUUGCAUGGCAAGAAACCAUUACGAAGGGGUGAGUGGAAGCCUGACGCACCCGAAUUCAUUCCUAUUGCGCAGCAACGCAUCGUCAUGCAGCAGCUCGACGGAAACAGGGAUCAGCAGGUCGAGCCUCAGCAUGUUUUGGGCCUAAAGGAAGUACAACAGCAAGGCUUAGGUGAAGAACGGUUUUUGCCGAGGACUGUCAACUCAAAGAUGGCGAAGAGCGCUGUUCCAAGCUUCCCCAUUACCGAUGAGAACGAGAGUCCCAGGCCUGCCGCUUCCACGAAGCAUUGCACCCGUGCAGCUGAGGGUGGCAGUAGUCAAUCCACGACUGGAUCACAGCAAGCAAGCGACAGGGUCAUUAUCGCAUACCCGAAGAAAGCACGAAAGAGAGGGAAAAGGUCCAGGAAGGAGGCCAUUAGUCGUAGAAAGGGAACGAAAAGUGAGCCUGCAGGCAUCGGCUUGACUACUGAUAUCGAUCACUCCUGA